AUGAGGGAGAAGAGGAGGGAGAAGAGGAGGAAGAGGAGGGAGAAGAUGAGGGGAGAAGAUGAGGGAGAAGAGGAGGGAGAAGAUGAGGGAGAAGAGGAAGGAGAAGAGGAGGGAGAAGAUGAGGGAGAAGAUGAGGGAGAAGAGGAGAAGAUGAGGGAGAAGAGGAGGGGAGAAGAGGAGGGAGAAGAGGAGGGAGAAGAUGAGGGAGAAGAUGAGGGAGAAGAGGAGGGAGAAGAUGAGGGAGAAGAGGAAGGAGAAGAGGAGGUAGAAGCUGAGGGAGAAGAUGAGGGAAAAGAUGAGGGAGAAGAGGAGGGAGAAGAGGAGGGAGAAGAUGAGGGAGAAGAUGAGGGAGAAGAGGAGGGAGAAGAUGAGGGAGAAGAGGAGGGAGAAGAUGAGGGAGAAGAGGAGGGAGAAGAGGAGGGAGAAGAUGAGGGAGAAGAUGAGGGAGAAGAGGAGGGAGAAGAUGAGGGAGAAGAGGAAGGAGAAGAGGAGGUAGAAGCUGAGGGAGAAGAUGAGGGAAAAGAUGAGGGAGAAGAGGAGGGAGAAGAGGAGGGAGAAGAGGAUGGAGAAGAGGAGGGAGAAGAGGAGGGAGAAGAGGAGGGAGAAGAUGAGGGAGAAGAUGAGGGAGAAGAUGAGGGAGAAGAUGAGGGAGAAGAGGAGGGAGAAGAGGAGGGAGAAGAGGAGGGAGAAGAUGAGGGAGAAGAGGAGGGAGAAGAGGAGGGAGAAGAGGGAGAAGAUGAGGGAGAAGAGGAGAAGAUGAGGGAGAAGAAAAGGGAGAAGAGGAGGGAGAUGAGAAGGGAGAAGAGGAGGGAGAAGAUGAGGGAGAAGAGGAGGGAGAAGAUGAGGGAGAAGAGGAGGGAGAAGAUGAGGGAUAAGAUGAGGGAGAAGAUGAGGGAGAAGAUGAGGGAGAAGAUGAGGGAGAAGAUGAGGGAGAAGAGGAGAAGAGGAGGGAGAAGAUGA